UGGAAAUUUAUGUAUGAAGAUUUAGCGGCAAAAGUCGAACCGUUCAAAGACCAGUUGGAGCAGUUUGAAUUGGAGAAGCAAGCUCUAUUAAGUCGCCACAAGAAUGCUCAGAAUGAAGUGGACAAGCUGAGCAAAGAGUACGCUAAGGUACUCGGACACCAGAACCACAAACAAAAAAUUCACCAUAUGGUCAAACUGAAAGAUGAAAAUUUAUCUUUGAAGAAUGAAGUUGAGAAUCUCCGAACCAAAGAUACGAUGAACAGAAGGCGCAUAGAAAAAUUAACGGAAAAAUUAGAUGCCCUCGAGGGCAAAAAAAAAUACGACCCAUCCCUAGCAUUUAAAAAUUGCUGGGAAAACCCAAGGGAAACCCAAAAU